AUGAACGUUUCGAAUAAAAUUUCUUCAUCAAUAUCAACGGCAUAUAUAUUUAUUUCAGCAGAAAAUUCAAACGAAAAACCUGUUAGACUUCGUCUUCCGAAUGAUUUUGAUCGCUUAAAGCAAAAAGCUCAAAUCGCGUUGAAAUUAAAUGAAGAAAUAACAUAUUUUCAAAGAAAAACAGGAGAAAUGGUUAUGUCUAUUGCAGAAAUUAUGCCUGGUGAUAAUCUUAUUGCUUCAACUCAACAGCCUCCAGAAAUUGUUGACCUUUCAUCAGAUGAACUUAAAUUUGAUGAGUUAAACGACAAGUCUGUUGAAGAAGAGGACUUUGAGGAAGAUGUUUUCGAGAAUAAUUCGAUAAAUGAAGAAGAUUCAAAAGAAAAUUCAGAAAUAAUAAACGAAUCAAAUGUCGAUGACAAGCCUACGCAAUCAUUUACUGAAAAUUCUCUUCCAGAACAAAAUGUAGCGGAAGAGGAAGAGGAAAAAUUCGAUGAAGAAGAAGAAAAGUUUAAUUUUGAAGAAAGAGAAGAAGAUUAUCCUUCAUCAAACUUCAUUUCCACUCAAAAUGAUCAAUUAUCAAUCAGAAGUCGAUCAUCUGUAUCUCAAACCUCAAAUUUAUCUCAAAUUACCGAAAAAACACUUCUUGGACCAGCAUUUUCGAAUCCAGUAUCUAAGACAUUUACAAUGCAAGCUCUUGAUUCAAGAGUUAAACAAGUAAUUCAAGACUGUGAAAAAGCAAUUUUAAAUGGACAGAGAAAGUUCUUCAAAUCCGCAUUAAAACUACUUCCAGGAUCCUCCAUACUACAGAAGAGAUCAUCAAUCACACUUUUACCACAAAUGGAAGAAAGAAUUUCGAGUUAUAUCGAUAAACACAGAAUUCUCUUCGAAGGAGCUACCUGCUACUCAUUUAAGACCAUCAUCGGUGGUCCAAACAAAUCCGGUAAAAGUUUGCUCAUUUCUUUACUUCUUGAGCAAAUAAUCGCAGAUAUGGUCACAAGUAAAGUUGCUCAAGACAAUUUUGUAUUUGUAGUCGAUGGAGUUAAUUUAGCCGCUUAUGCUACAAGUUUAGAGACUUUUAUGACGAAUUACAUUGAAAUGGCAUUUAAUCAGAUAUCUCUGCAGAGAACAGGAUUUUCCAAAUACUGUAAGUCUGUGAUUAAUUAUUUUGCAUCAUUGUUCUGCAUGCCAGAUGAAAAUCUCCCACAACUCCCUCAUCUUUUCAUGAAAGAUGAAUAUUUCAAAACAGCAGCGAAGAAAUUGUAUAGUUUGGCACUUAGAAUACACGAGAUAUCUUUUACUAAUGGAGAUGUUGAUGACUGGCAGACAACUCUGAUGAUGUUCCCUUCUUUAGCUGCAGAAUGUUUCGGAUUCAAAAAUUGUCACUUUUUCAUCGAUAAUAUCGAGACUUUAAGUGUUACGGCCAAAACUGUUACAAAUGACAAAGAAAUGUCAUUAGAUAUACUAUUUUCAUUAAAAGAAGUCUUGAAUACUCACAGUUAUGUUAUUUGUGGAAAUAGCAGCGCUACAGCUUUAGCUUUGCUUUCUGGAACUGAUGGAGUUGAUUUAAUUGGAAAGAGUGAUAUGCUUUCAACACUUGGAUUCUCUGGAAGCUUCUACGGAUCAAAUCAAGAAUUUAAUAUCAAAUUUGUCAAUGAAAAGAGAACAUUGAGAUUGACAAGUAAUCAUUGCUGCGGAUGUCCAGCAUUUAUUGCCAAAUGGGAAGAGAUUUGGUUCGCAAUGAACGAAGAUGACGAAGAUUUCAGUGAAACUAAGAGUAGGAUGUCUGAAUUGCUUCAUCUCAUCUUUAGAGAAGGAACAAUCAUUGAUAACGAGAUUGAGUCAGUUAAACCUGUUUCAGUUGUUGCUUGA